AUGAAUACCAAGGAUUUUGUUGUUCUUCCAUGGGGAAAAUCUGGAAAUUCUGUCAAGUUGAGAUAUAAACAUGCCCAGGAACUACGCAUGGAAAAAGUGCAGCUAGAAUUGGAGAAUGAAGAGAUGGAAAGGAAACUAAAGGAAUUCAGAUUUGCAAGGAGCAAAGAGAAGGAAGAAAUUGGGUCAAGUGGCUACCACUGGAAAUCGGGCAAAGUGGGCAAAUUGGGUAAUCGCUCACACACAAUGCCGCAGAGCAAAGAGAAUCCUGUGAAGUUUUCAGGCCAGAAUUUGAGAUUUAAAUUCCUGAAGGAGCAGACCCAAGAGUCAGUGAAACAGCCAUUUAAUUCUAAAAUGGCAGAUUCUUUGCGAAGUGAAAAACCCAAGACCAAAGGGAGGGUGUGUGGCCAGUGUGAGAACAAAGCUGCUCUUCUGGUUUGCCUUGAAUGUGGGGAAGAUUACUGCUCGGGAUGCUUUGCUAAAAUCCACCAGAAGGGGGCAUUGAAGCUCCACAGAACAACACUCUUGCAGGCAAAAUCUCAAAUAUUAUCCAGUGUGUUGGAGGCAGCCCAUCAGUUCAUAAAGGAAGCUACUCCGGAUGAGCCUAAAGUGGAUAACACUGCUAUGCAAGAGAGUCGGCAGGAGCCCUGCGCACCUGUGCAUCGGGGCAGCUCUGCGGUAGACGUUGCAGUAGGGAAAAGAACAGAAAGCACAAGUCCGGGAGAGAAGCUCUCGUUGGAAGGCUCAUACAGUGAGGCGGCUUCCGCCCAGUCCUUUCAGGAAGCCUUGCGUCAGUGGAGAGCUGGCAGUCAUGAAGAGGAGAGACGGAACUUACCAAAGGCAGUAAAAAAAGCUUUGGAAGAAUGUGAGGUGCAAACCACUCUGAAAAUUUGGAGAGAACCACUUCAUAUUGAAUUUAAAGAAGACAGUCUAUCCUACAUGGAAAAACUCUGGCUUAAGAAACACAGGAGUUUUUUUCUUCCAGUAGAAGAAUUAAACAUUGAGAAUCCAGAACCAUCUCUGAAGAUAGUCGAAUUGGACAAAACGUGUGAAGAGGAUUUUGGAGACCCAGGAAGCAUUGUACCCUACAAAGUGGAAUUGGCUGAUGCAGAUUAUCACCGAUGUUGUACAUUUCAUGAAUAUCAGAAGAAUAGCUUCCCGUAUGACAAUGACAUCCACCAUCAUGUUUUCAACAAUGGAAAAAUGGCUCACUUGCAUCUCUGUCUGAGAAACAGCUUUACACACUGCAAAGAUGACAUAAAAGCAGAAUCUCCACGUUCAGAUUUGGACAAUAUGGAGGAUCCCCGUGCUUACUCUCCUGACACUGACCUAAAAGAAGAAAGCAGUGCUUCUGAAAGAAAUGUUAAAGAGAACAGUGUAGAUGUAGAAAGUAAUCAGAAAUCUGAUUGUCACUGCGUAUCACUUGAGCAUGAGGAUUCUUUGGAAAGUCUAGAUUCAGAAAAACCUUCCAUUGAUGAGAAAGCAACUCAAGACUUGAAAGAAUCUUUGGGAUUUGGCAGUCUGCGUAAGAGGCCAGACUUUGAAGAUUCUAGAACUGCACACUCAGUGCUGCAGUUAAAAGAAAUAGCCCUCAGAAGUAAGCCUGUAAUUCAAAAAUAUCAAGGACUUGAGCGAUUCUUUAUUUUUGGUACAAAUGAAAAAGUCAACUCACCUUCUUGUAGCUUAUCAUGCACCUGUUCCACACACAGGAAUACAUUUGCAGGGGACAAAGAGUGGAUCCCAAGUCACAGCUUAAGUACACAGGCUGAUCAUGCAGUUUCCUUGGAUGUUCUUCAGACUGUCCAGAAGCUAUCAACUGGAAGACGACAAAACACAGCCCAGAAAUCACAGAGACCUUCAACUGCAAAUUUGCCACUUUCCAAUUCUGUUAAAAGAGGCUCCAGAUGCCUUUCCUCGUCUCCCUUUCAAUCAAGAAGAGCAGCUGCUCAGUCACAAUCUACAACUGCAUCUGAAGUUUCAGAAAUUGAAGAUCUGGAUAAUGCUGACCAGAAUGAGCCUUUCUCGGAUGACACUGCUGAUCAACAAACUAUAGCAAGUUUGGAAAAAGAAUUAAAUGUGCUGAGGAAUCUGGCAGAUCCUUCAGAAGAACAUUACAACGUAGCCUCAGAAGGGUUGCCAGCUUCCAACAUCCCUUCAUUGACUCCAAGUCGGACUUCCGGGGGUCUCCUUGCUUCCUCACUGGAGAGGGCGCCCUGUGGAGUUGAGCAACUAAGCUCUUCUGGAAAUUAUACUGAAAUUCCGUGUACACUGUCACUUUCUGAGAGCAGUACGGAUGAGGAAGAAGAGUUCCUUGAUAAGUAACAAGUCAUCGUACUACCGUGGUUGAAGAAUACUUCAUGAUGCUUUGUCCUUUUCUCUUCUGUGUCCAGAGUACAGCAUACAACAGAGAAAAAUGAAACUACUAAUUACUCGUAUGGGUGCUGGAUAUUUUGAUUAUUGAUGUAUCGAGGCUUACAAAGAAAUAAAUGUUAGUGAAAUUA